AUGGCCCAUUCCAACCUCCUGCAAUAUGAGUCGACUCAUCCGCUGUAUGGGAUUGCAUUCUCGCAGAAUCCGCAGCACCCACAGCGCAUCGCGUUGACAUCGUACUUCACGGGUCCGACGAACAAGCUCUUUGUCGUCGACGCAAACGCGAGUAAUGGAUCGGGGUACACCCCCACCCAGGACUUCCACCAGCUGGCCUCUGGCAACCUCGCCUUCCCUGCCACCAAGGUGGGCUGGGAGCCCGAACAGUCGCUCGCUGGCGCGCGGCAUGAAGGGAACGGAGGUCGCGGCGAGCUGCUGGCGACGACUGGUGACGUACUCCGCAUCUGGGAGUUGAAGAUGUGGGAGGGCCCCGACUCGAAUCGUGUUGGAUAUGGACGAAAUGGCUACAUGGACACGGGUGCGGACAACUAUACCCUCACAGAACGGAGUAUGCUCUCGAACAGCAAGCAACACAUGUACAACCUUCCCCCCAUCACAUCGUUCUCUUGGAACCCGACCGCACCGGCAUCAAUCGUGACGUGCUCAACAGACACUACUGCUACGCUCUGGGACAUCAACACGUCCCAAGCGCUGACGCAGCUCAUCGCACACGACCGUGCAGUCUAUGACCUGUCGUGGCUCCCCCAGAGCUCUGACAUCUUUGUGUCUGUUGGCGCCGACGGCUCACUGCGCGCAUUUGACCUGCGUCAACUGGAGCACUCGACUAUUCUGUACGAGACCCCCAACGCAGCGCCAUUGGCGAGGAUAGCUUUCAGCAACCGCGAACAGCACAUGCUCGCGUGCUUCAGUAUGGACGACUCGCGUACUUUAAUCCUCGACAUGCGAAGCCCAGGACAACCCGUUGCGGAGCUCCUGGGCCACGGCGCUGCGCUGAGCGGUAUCGCAUGGGGCAACGGCGGCAGUAGCAGUGGAGCCACGGGAGGUGGAUGGAUUGCCAGUUGCAGCGAUGACGCGCAACUGCUGCUGUACGACCUGACCAAGCCGCUCCCCACCGAGGGUGAGACGCGGCCGAGAUCGCGCAACAAUGACCCGUACACACUCUCAUCGCCAGCGACGCCCAGUGGCCGGACACCUUCCCCCGGAACGACGCGUGCGCUCGAGAUCCAGCCCGUCAAGGCAUGGAGCGCGCCUACCGAGGUGAACAACCUGGCAUUCUCGCACACUGGCGACGUUGUCGGCUGUGUGAGCGGACAACGGCUGAACGUGCUGCAAUUGUAG